CUCAUCUACAAAGGUAGAAGCUCUCCUUCACCAAGCUUUCGUUUUCAUUAUCCGGAUUCCGGGACAAGAAUCGUUAAUAAAAACAUGGUAUAAAUCUAGUGUAUUGUAUGACACAUAGUGGCAAUGUCGACUGCUUCCAUCAACGGCUGGUGCCUCACCUCCUCCACCACCGCUUCUUCCUCUCUCCGCCGACCCACAUUACGCCCCUCCUCCGUUGUUGCCUCCCUCAACUCUUCCCCUUCUCCUCCUACCCUCAUUCGUAACCAACCUGUUUUUGCAGCUCCUGUUCCUUUGCUCAACCCUUCUAAUUGGAGAGAAUACAUGGGAGACAAGACAUACGAGGAAGCCAUUGAAGGUCUCAAGAAACUGCUCAGUGAGAAAGAAGAAUUAAAAGCUGUGGCAGCUGCAAAGGUAGACCAAGUGACAGCUGAGUUGAAAACAUCAGCAUCUGGUGACUCAGUGGAGAGGUUGAAACAAGGAUUCAUUCACUUCAAAAAAGAAAAAUACGAAAAGAAUCUUGCUUUGUACGCUGAGCUUGCCAAGGGCCAAAGCCCCAAGUAUAUGAUUGUUGCCUGCUCCGACUCCAGGGUGUGCCCAUCGCAUGUGCUGGACAUGCAACCGGGGGAAGCUUUUGUGGUCCGCAAUGUUGCUAAUAUGGUGCCACCAUACGAUCAGAUUAAAUAUGCUGGAAUUGGUUCUGCUGUUGAAUAUGCUGUUUUGCAUCUUAAGGUUCAAGAAAUCGUGGUCAUAGGGCACAGCGCCUGUGGUGGAAUCAAAGGGCUCAUGUCUUUCCCAUUUGAUGGAACUACCUCUACUGAUUUCAUAGAAGAGUGGGUUAAGAUUGGAAUCCCUGCUAAGAAAAAGGUUCUAGCAGACCACGCCAGCGAGCCUUUGGGAGCUCAAUGUACACAUUGUGAGAAGGAAGCAGUGAAUGUAUCACUAGGAAACCUGCUAAGUUAUCCAUUUGUGAGAAAUGGACUGGCCAACAAAACUCUAGCACUCAAGGGUGCUUACUACGAUUUCGUCAAAGGAACUUUCGAGCUCUGGAGUCUCAAUUUCGAGCUUUCAUCGCCUCUCUCCGUUUGAAAAACAACCAACCAUAACCAUCAUCAGUGACACCAUCUUUCUGGUGUUCCUGAAUCACUUAUGUCUUUUUUUACUGCAAUGUACUACUAUAUAUGCUUGUGUCUUUCUGAGCUAAUAAACAUAUCAAUGGAGUUUUUAUUUAC